GGCCGGGCGAGCGGGCACGUCAACAGCUAUGGCGGAAGGAGAAGAGACGCCGCCGCCGCCGGGCAGCUGGAUAAAAGAUCUUGCAGACGCUCUAGACGAAGGAGGCUGUGAUCUUGAAACUGUGAGAAACAUCAUUCAAGGAAGGCAGUUGCCUGCUGAUCUAAGGGCCAAAGUCUGGAAGAUUGCACUUAAUGUUGUAGGAAAGGGGGACAGCCUAGCAUCGUGGGAUGGCUCCUUAGACCUACCUGAGCAGAGUAUAAUUCAUAAGGAUUGCCAAGACCUAAUUGACCAGUUGUCAGUGCCAGAAGAAGAGAAGUCAGUAUUAACUUUGGAUAUUGAGUCAGUUAUUACUUUUUACUGUAAAUCACGCAAUGUUAAAUACAGUUCCUGCCUUGGCUGGAUACAUCUGCUCAAACCUCUGGUGCACCUUCACUUGCCCCGCAGUGAUUUGUACAACUGCUUCUAUGCUAUCAUGAAUAAAUUCAUUCCAAGGGAUUGUUUUAUGAAGGGAAGACCCUUUCAUCUAUUUAGACUGUUGCUUCAGUACCAUGAGCCUGAACUCUGCUCCUUUCUUGAUACCAAGAAGAUGACUCCGGAUUCAUAUGCACUCAACUGGCUUGGAAGCCUCUUCUCAUACUACUGUUCAGCUGAAGUCACUCAGGCAAUAUGGGAUGGAUAUCUACAACAAGCAGAUCCAUUCUUUAUUUAUUUCUUAAUGUUGAUCAUCCUUGUCAAUGCAAAAGACGUUAUCUUAGCACAAGAAUCAGAUAAAGAAGAAAUGAUAAAAUUCUUAGAAACAUCACCAGCCAAUCUCGAUUUAGAGGAUAUAGAAGAUCUCUUCUCUUUGGCACAAUAUUACUGUAGCAAAACUCCAGCUUCUUUCAGGAAGGACAACCACAGUCUUUUUGGCAGCAGCCUGCUGGGCCUCAAAGAUGAUGACACAGACUUGAGCCAGGCUCUCUGUCUAGCAGUUUCUGUGUCCGAGAUUCUGCAAGCAAAUCAGCAGCAAGGAGAAGGAGUGAGAUUCUUUGUAGUGGAUUGUCGUCCUGCAGAGCAGUACAAUGCUGGGCAUUUAUCAACAGCAUUUCAUUUAGACUCAGAUUUGAUGCUUCAAAACCCAUCAGAAUUUGCACAGUCUGUAAAAUCCCUGUUAGAAGCACAAAAACAAUCUAUUGAGUCUGGCUCUAUAGCUGGUGGGGAGCAUCUCUGCUUCAUGGGAAGUGGCAGGGAAGAGGAAGACAUGUACAUGAACAUGGUGUUAGCACAUUUCUUACAGAAAAAUAAGGAGUAUGUAAGCAUUGCCAAAGGAGGCUUUAUGGCCCUCCAACAGCACUUAGCAGAUAUCAAUGUGGAAGGACCAGAAAAUGGAUAUGGCCACUGGAUUGCUAGUACCUCAGGCUCAAGAAAUAGCAUAAGCUCUGUUGAUGGUGAUACUCCUAACGGUUCAGGUGAUGGAAAAGGAGUGAAAUCCCUAGUGAAUAAAAUGACAGUUGCUUUGAAGACUAAAUCUGUGAAUGUGAAAGAGAAAGUUAUCAGUUUUAUUGAAAAUACAUCUACUCCAGUGGACAGACAUGUCAGCAGCAGUGACAGAGUAGGAAAACCCUACCGUGGUGUGAAGCCAGUAUUCAGCAUUGGAGAUGAAGAAGAAUAUGAUACUGAUGAAAUUGACAGCUCCUCAAUGUCGGACGAUGAUCGAAAAGAGGUCGUCAACAUCCAAACGUGGAUAAAUAAACCUGAUGUGAAGUACAACUUUCCAUGCAAUGAAGUAAAAGAAAAUGGACAUAUGUUUCCCAGUCAUCUCCUAGUAACAGCAACCCAUAUGUACUGUUUGAGGGAGAUUCCAUCACGGAAGGGCCUGGCUUACAUACAGUCUCGACAGGCACUCAACUCUGUAGUCAAAAUCACAUCCAAGAAGAAACACCCAGAACUGAUCACCUUUAAGUAUGGAAAUAGCAAUACUUCAGGCAUAGAAAUCCUGGCAGUUGAAAGGUAUUUGAUUCCAAAUGCAGGUGAUGCUACCAAAGCCAUAAAACAACAGAUCAUGAAAGUAUUGGAUGCCUUGGAGAGUUAAUAACUAAAGACUUUGUAGAGACCAGUUUAUAAAGAAGAAGCAACCAAGAUACUGUAUGUGGACACAAGCUGACUGUUUCCCAACUGAAUACUAACUUAAGAGAAUUUUUCUGUUUGCUGGUGGGAGUGCCUGAGUAGCAGGCUUAAGAUAGGGUAAAUUAUUAUCCAUUUCUGAACAGGAUUUUUGUUUAUUUUAUUUUUUUUUUUAAUUAUAAUUUUUUUUUUGUUUUGGAGAAGUGUUUAUUAUAAAGGUCAGUUUGUUUCUUUUUCUUGCAGCCUUAAUGGGAGUGAUCUGCAUCUUUGCAAGAGCAGAUGCAGCUGGGUUCAUGUCAAGUAUGUUAAAGGAAUGAAAGACUCUGAGAUACAGAGGAGUAAUUGAAAACAAUGGUUUUUAAAUUAUUAUCCCUUGUAAAUAAAAUAUCUCCAUUACCUACAGUCUAGAAAUUGGAUUUUGCCUACCAGGUAGUAUCAAAGACUAAUUAAAAAUUUAGGUUUUUGAACAAGGCAGAUACAAAUCUUAAAAACAGUUUUCACAUUAAAAAUGGUUACGUUUGGGCUGCAGAUAAAUGGAAAAAAUACAAGCAACUUGUAAAAUUAGGAGGUUUUUAAAGUCUUACCAGCUACUAGGCUAAAUAACUGGAAUUGGCUGUAAUGAUUAUUUUUAAACACUAAAAUUAAUUGUAGUUUUUACUACAGGGUUGUGACUUUUUUUAAUUAUGCAAAAUUUUACAUUUCAUAGGUUGAGGCUGUUUCCCUUGUAAAUAUGAGUGUGUGCAUUGAAAUGCAUGUUUCAUGACAGAAUAUGAGAGUUGAAAACAAGUUGCCUUGCUCCUCAGAAGCAAAAUAUCUAAGAACUUUAGAUGUUUAAAACUCAGCACAAAAGUGAGUACACACUGACCAAAGGUGUGUUCAGCAGGAAGAUAAAUGCAUAGAAAACCAGGGGAGAAAUUCCAGUGCUGCAUAGCUGUGAUAAAUGUGUUCUUAACCAGUUACCUUCAUUGAUUCAAGCAUUUGUUUCUAUUAUUUUGAGUAACAAUUUCUAAAUUAGUGAAGAUUUGGGAGAUGGCAACUCUAUGACUGUUCAUCAUAAGCUUUCCAUUUGUUCAAGAAUGGUUCUCUUGUUCAAAGCUCAGUACAGGAAUGUUCUCAUGGACAAGGCAGAGCAGCUUUGUAGACUGAUGGGAAAUCACCGAAAACUGUGAAAUAAAGAUAAUGGGGAUUAGCUUUGCUGCAUGAGAUCUUCUGAGUACUUGAAUCAAAACCUAUGAUUUGGUACUUCAUCAGAAGGUAAAACAAGUUAAACUGACCUUUAUAAAAAACAGUUAUUCUAAGUUAUUUUACUAGGAAUCAAGCUAGGGCACCUUAAUUCUGGAACUAAUUACCUUUUUUUUUUUCCUUCUUAGUAUCUGAGUAAACACCAAUAGAACUUGAACUGUUGAAAAUAUUUGCAUGAAAUUGCACCUGGGCCAAUGCUCAUGUAUUUAUAGUUUUGCCCAGCAGCUGUUGUAUUACAUUUUCCUCUUCCUAGUCCCUCCUGAAAAUAUCCUCAAGAAUCUCUGACUCUGUGCCUACUUCAGCAACGAGAUUUUUUUCAUGUAAAGAUGUUUGUGCUACUGUUUAUAAACUACAGUUGUAAAUAAACCAGUACAAUUUGAACAUAACUUGUUCGGUCAAAAGGCAUUUAGUUGCAUACUGUGUAAAUUCUCUGAAUCAAUUAAAAGUUUUUCCUAAAGGUGUUUUGUAAGUGCAAGUGAAUUUGAUCUUUGGAGUGGAAGAUGCUGAUUAUGGAUCAUAGGAAGCUACUGCCAGUGACUUCUUAAUCCUUCCGCCUUGCUCUCAUCCAGCUCCAUGUAUCUGCUGUUAAAUCAGAUAAUCUCCAACGGGCCUGUGGACUG